AUGGGAUCAGCAUUGCCCAUUGCGCUUCCGGCGCUCAAGACGAACCCCAAGUUCAUCUUUUUUACCGACUUUGACGGCACUAUCACUGUCCAAGACAGCAAUGACUACAUGACCGACAACCUCGGAUUCGGGACCGCCUUGCGCAAGGAGGGCAACGCCGACGUCUUGUACGGCCGCCGCGACUUCCGCGACUCGUUCCGGGACAUGCUCGACAGCGUCAAGACUCCCUUCAACGAGUGUAUCGACAUCCUCCGUCAGAACAUCACCCUCGACCCAGGCUUCAAAGCCUUCUUCGAGUGGGCUAGCGAGAACAAUGUGCCCAUUGUUGUGCUCAGCGGUGGCAUGACUCCUGUCAUUCGUGCCUUGCUUGCUCAUCUGCUUGGCGAGGAGGCCGUGGACACGCUGCAGAUUGUGAGCAACGAUGUUGCGCCGCGGGACGGGAAGAGCAUCAACGAGGAAGGCGGGUGGCAAAUUGUCUUCCAUGACGACAGCGGCUUCGGCCACGAUAAGUCUCUCGAGAUCCGCCCCUACGCUCGGCUCCCGGCCGAGGAGAGGCCGGUUCUCUUCUAUGCCGGUGAUGGUGUUUCUGACCUUUCGGCCGCUAAGGAGACUGAUUUGUUGUUCGCGAAGUCCGGUCGCGAUCUUGUCACCUACUGCGAGAAGGAGGAAGUUGUAUUCACCACCUUCAACGAUUUCUCUGACAUCCACAACACGGUCAAGGAAAUCGUGGCCGGCAAGUUGACGGUCAAGGAGGCCGCCACGGGCAGGAAGUAG